AUGGCCUCUCUUGGCACCGGGUAUCCCUUGGGAUACCCGGAUAUCCGCCAGGUCUGGGCGGAAAAAUGGCCAUCCGCAGCCGAAUCCGCACCCGCUGGCGGGUAUCCGCUGGCCCUAGCGGGUAUCCGCCAGGGGAUAGCGGAUAUCCGCGGCGGAUUAUCCCCGCCCAUCUCUAUACUCCUCUGGUCGCUCAUGGACAGGUCUCUCACCGCCGCUUCCGCCUCUGGUCCGCUCCGAACCCCGCUUCCGCCCCUUGGUGCCCCCGCUCCUUGUAGCCCCUCCACAGUAUACGCUGAACCCCCGUUCCGCACCGCGAGCAUUCCGCAUGCCCCCAAACAAACCAGCCAAAGCUUUGGUCAAGGCGCUCUCGCCACCACACCGGCUGGAAGGGUGUCCUUCCAGCUGGCGAGGUACACCACGGGUCGAUAUUUUUUAUUUGACCCCGUGGGCUUGACUGCGCAGUGGCAGACAGGUUGGCACCAACCUGUCUGCUUUGAAUCCUACAGCGCGGGCGGAGGAUGGUGGAGGAGUGGUCAACCGCACGCAGGCCCAACCCUUCCGAUCCAGCCGCCGGGCCAACUCCGCCGACAUGGUUGGCCAGGGCACACCCAGCCGACUCAGCCUGGCUCUCACCGGCCAGCCAACGGCGGAGGCUGGGUGGGCUCUCAUCAUGCCUCACCGAUGAUGACAAAUGAUCAUAUUGUCUGUUCUCCCCCCACCUUUCUAACUGCGGCAGCUACCAUCAAGAUUUGGUCGGGAAGAAAAAAAAACUCACCGAUGGAGCCAACUAAGCGAUCGAGCACUCCCGACGCCGGGCAACAACUCACUGCCGCACCCACGCAAUCAAGCACUCCCGAUGCCGGGCAACAACUCAUUGUCACACCAAAGCAAUCAAGCACUCCCGACGCUGGGCAACAACUCACUGCCGCACCCAAGCAAUCGAGCACUCCUGAGUCUGACAACGGGCAUUGUGUUGUUUCUACAUCAGCGGAGCAGCUUCUCCUGGUCGCAGCUGAGCAGCCUGCCGAGCGUCGUGCAGCUAGAAAGUCAUCGGAGAACGGUCUUGGAAGCAUGAGUGUCCCAGCCGACUAUCUCAGUCUCAAAGACCUCAAGAAUGUUGCGCGCGCUGGAGCAGCCAGCGGAUCUAAAUAG